AUGCGCCCGGCGCUUCUGCGACUGUUGAAGAGGCCGUCCGCCGUCUCGAUCCUUGAUACCCUCACAGCAACGCCGAUCGGAAUCGAGCAAUUAGAGUCCAGAUACAGGUGUUUACGAUGCCAUUCACAAGACGCCAAACCAGCACCACUCGACGAACCCGAUAAUAAUCCUACCCGAACUAAGCUUGACGACUCAUGCCGAGGGAAACGGCCAUUCAGCUUUGCGAUCUACGACAUUGAGUCUCUGGGCGAAGAAACCUCUGAACAUAUAUCCGUUGCGCCGAGCAAAGCGCCCAAAAAUCCGCUAUGCCCUACCAAAACUCUAUCACUUCGGCCGGAAAAGCUUGAAUUCGAAUCAGACGUUGGACACCUCGACAGCAUUGGAACGCGAUUAGUGGACCACCCGGGCUCUCGAGAUAAUUUUGAUCUAUGGGAAGAACUUCUUCGAUACCGCCAGCGUCACUAUGGUGACAAUGGCACGUUACAAAUAUGGGAAGGGUUGACAGUCCGAUUGGACGGGGUUCGACUGCCGGUCACAGGAGAACAGGCGGACUUCUUCUGGCAGAGCUUUGUGGACCUGGGACUGAGGCGGGAACUUUAUCUUGACAGUUUGCUUGAAUAUGCCGUCAAUCUGUGGAAGCGACAAGGCGAUCGAUGGCCGCAGUUAUAUGUGAGGAUCGUGGGUGGGCUUCUGGACCAAGGCAUGCCGAAACGUGCGCUUGAAUAUCAUAAAAGGCUGCAAAAAUCCCAGAUUGCUGGCGCAAGUGAUAUUAUGCAGAUUCUUCCAUCGGCGAUUCGUCUAUCGUCUCUUCCAGCUGGCAUGGAGGUGGCAACUACCACGGAUCCACAGGAGUUCUCCUUGACACCUGGUUUAGAGGCGUUCCAGGCAAUUUGCUCCGCAACCACUGACCACAAAAUAUAUGGCCCGGCCAUUGCGAUGCUUAUACGGCAAGGCCAAGGAGAGGGCGCAAUCUCCAUGCAUCAUUUCCUCGCUCGGCGCCAGGAUCAUCCACAAAGUCCCGAUGAAAUACAGCCAUUGCUUGAGUUUGUGGAGAAAUUUGGACGACGGAAAGAGUUUAAUAGGCUUCGUGGCUAUGUUAAAAAGCGGUUUGAUACUGAAGCUUCGAUUGAUCAGCCCGGCCCAAUAGAUCCAACCCCGAAAGCCGAAAAAAGCACAAAAGACGGAAGGCCAUUCAAAGACGACAUCGGUGCGAAGAUGUUCGCUACCCGUGCUCUCAAUUUCGACAUGGUUCUCGGUGGACUCAAGAUGCUCGGAGUAUCAGAAAUUGGCCCACGCACGCUGCGAGAGAUGGCCAUCAGAGCUCAUGGCAACCAGGACAUUCUGGAGAAGCUCAAAAUUCUCAAACAAUCUGGCAUUUCUGUGGGAGAUUCCAUAUUUGCGCGCUUGCUUCAGAAACUCGCAGCGCAAAACCGUGACAUCCUCCUUUCAGAUAUCCUCCGCAGCGACCAACACCCGGAUGUUCUCGAAGAUGUGCGCAUGCAGGAGACAAUGUUAGUAUCCUACUACAUGGCUCGGGAUUGGCGACUAUAUAAUAUGACACUGGCAAUUUUGACGGAACUGCACCCUGAGGCGCCUGAUCUCUUCGACAUCCAUUUCCGAAAGCACAUCGCAGCCUGGGAAUUAAGUGCGGCAGCCAAGGUCACCGACGAGCUAGCACUAAAUGGCCGGAGUUUAAGUGAAGACAGCGUGGACUUUAUGGCUGAGCAGGUUCUCACCCCACGCCGAAUGAACCACCGUCCGCCUCCGGGCCAGCGCCUCUCCGCGGUUGACGAGGUCCUUUUCAUCUUCAAGAUUUUGAAGCGUGUGGUUCCAGCAGGAGGGUAUGUCAGUGCUGCAUUUUGGGUGGAGAUGCUUAAGCGACUCGGCAUGGCAAAUGCGUGGGCAGACUGGGACAAGCUCCGAGAUUGCUGCCAGUGGCUCGUCUGCCAAUAUGUCGGGACCACCAAACAGACUCCCUGGGCACAAGCCCCCUCCACUGGAUCUCCGCUUGACUCUACAAAACUGGCAAAUGGUCGCGAUCGACGGAUGCUCGAUUUGGUCUUCACACCCCAGAUGCAAGCUGCCAUUGUCUCCUGGGGAUUCAUGUUUCGAGUGCUCGACACAACCGCGUCAAGAUUCACCGUUUCCCAUCCUACGACGAAUGAGAAACUCAUUCCAUGGGUCCGGGGCCUCAUUCUUCUUCGGGAAUUGGAAGCGUCAGGUCUUCGCCUUGAUAAACGCUUGAUCUCACAAGCAGUCCGACACCGAAUGGCCAUGCUCUACAGCCACCACGUCCUUUCAGCACGGCGCAUGAACCGCAUGCUGCGGCGGCGAAAUCCCUAUCCACUACAAAAAGUCCUGGACGACGUCUUCUGCGCUUGGGGCGACCCAACUCUUUUCGAUGGAAUGGAGAAAGAUUGGGAGCGACUGGUAAAUCCGCCACGAUCACCUCGGGCCAAGCGACGUGCUCCUGGUAUACGUUUGUCCCUGAAAGGGCUAUGA